AUUCCGAGUGGGUGGGUCUUUAUGCAGAGGAUGACAGUCAUGUUUUGUUUGAAAGCUUGGAAUCAACAGCAUCGAAACAACACCUCGUCGGAUUCCCUGGCUCCUGUCUGUCCAUUUACCCGCUGCUGUAAUACCCGAAAUCCCACGCUGAAAUGGAAGAAACGAGCCCCCUCGUCUCUCCUCUCCAGCACUCCAUAGAUUACAACUACUGCCAGAGCGAAGCCACCAGUCCAAGAACUCCGGGUUCUGUGGUGCGAGUGUCGGCUGGGAGCCCUGGACGCAGCCGGGAGAGACAGCCGCUUUUGGUCAGGGACAGAGGGAACUCUCCGCGGGAUCCACACAGGAAUGAGUUUCCAGACGACCCAGAGUUUCGGGAGAUCGUGAGGAAAGCAGAACAAGCCAUAGAAGAAGAGAUCUUUCCAGAGAUCAUCUGCCAAGGAUCUAGUGGUAGUUACUUCGUGAAAGACUCUCAAGGGAACGUAAUCGGUGUGUUCAAGCCUAGGAACGAGGAGCCGUAUGGUCAGCUAAACCCAAAGUGGACCAAGUGGCUCCAGAAGCUGUGUUGUCCCUGUUGCUUCGGACGGGACUGUCUGGUCCUGAACCAGGGCCAUCUGUCUGAGGCCGGGGCCAGUCUGGUGGACCAGAAACUACAGCUCAAUAUCGUGCCCCAGACCAAGGUGGUGUACCUGGCCAGUGAAACGUUUAACUACAAUGCUAUAGACAGAGUCAAGUCUCGGGGAAAGAGGCUAGCUCUGGAGAAAGUUCCCAAAGUUGGACAGCGCUUCAACAGAAUAGGCCUCCCUCCUAAGGUGGGAUCAUUCCAGUUGUUUGUGGAGGGCUACAAAGACGCAGACUAUUGGCUAAAGCGGUUUGAGGCAGAGCCUCUUCCAGAGAACACCAAUCGGCAGCUGCAGCUUCAGUUCGAGAGACUGGUGGUCCUCGACUAUAUAAUUAGGAACACAGAUCGGGGGAAUGACAACUGGCUGUUAAAAUACGACUGUCCAAUGGACAUAGAAAGGAACCGGGAGACAGACUGGGUGGUGGUAAAAGAGCCUAUUAUCAGACUGGCAGCCAUAGACAAUGGUCUUGCCUUCCCAAUCAAACACCCUGACUCCUGGAGAGCCUAUCCAUUCUACUGGGCGUGGUUAUCUCAGGCUAGGGUUCCUUUCUCUGAGGAGAUUAGGGACUUGGUUCUGCCGAAACUGACCGACCCCACCUUCAUCAAAGACCUGGAGGAAGACCUCUACCAACUCUUUAAGAAGGAUCCAGGCUUUGACAGAGGACAGUUCCACAAACAGAUAGCUGUGAUGAGAGGACAGAUUUUGAACCUGAGCCAGGCCCUGAAGGAGCGUAAGACCCCCCUACAACUGGUCCAGAUGCCCCCAGUCAUAGUGGAGACAGCCAGAGCACCACAGAGAGCCAACAGUGAGUCCUACACACAGAGCUUCCAGAGCAGGAAACCCUUCUUUACCUGGUGGUAGAGGAGGAGGCCAAGUAGAAGAGGAGGUAAGAGAGGGAGAGACUUGAGAUGGAGGAAGACUGUGUAGCACUGGAGCAGAAAGAGAGGAUAGUGAGAAGCAAGACAGAUGAAGAGGGAAGAGUAGGGAGGAAGAAUGGACCAGAUUGAGAGACUGGAGAUGGAGGAAGACCGUAUAGCACUGGAGCAGAAAGAGAGGAUAGUGAGAAGCGAGACAGAUGAAGAGGGAAGAGUAGGGAGGAAGAAUGGACCAGAUUGAGAGACUGGAGAGGAGGAAAACCUCUGCCUUACUUCAGUUUCAUCAGCCAAUAAAGCUCUUCCCUGCUCAUAACCAAUAGGAAGUCAGAUAUGUUUCUACCUUCCCUGGAACCCAUCAGAGACAGUUGUGCUGUAACUACAGACAUAAGAGAGAGAGAGAAGUGUCAAAAUUCAGAACGAAUGUAUCUUACAAAUGAUAUUUUUAAAUAAAUAUAAAGGGGUAAAGAAUGGUAUGUUAAGACAGUUGUGUAGCCCUGCACUGGUAGUUGGCUGAAAGAGAUGAUUAUAAAGACUCAAAACUGUGAAAGACUCCCACUGUGGCAGAGGUUAGGUUCCCAUUGCCAAUUGAUGGUUGUAUUUAUUGUAACCAGUCAAUGAAGGAGAAUGCUAAGUAUUUUUUUCUAUCAUUGCAAAAUGUCAACAUAUGGUAGUCCAAUCAAAUUCAAGUGCACGGAAUAUCUUUUUACCUAAGGUUAAACAUUUCAGCCCCAACGGGUCACUUUCCUUACCAAGUUACAGCCUUCUAGCAUCUCUUAUGGCCUCUGAAGCAUGACAUUACCAUGAACAGUAUGGCCUGUAGCUAGCAAGCAGAGAAGUCAAGUGUCCUGAUAUUCGUAGCUAUAAUCUUUAUGGUCUGUUAGGGUUGCAAUAUUACAGUAACUUUCUCAAAGUUCCUAGGUUUUUCAGAAAUCCUGGUUGGAAAAUUUCCUGCUUUUACCCUUCUGAUUCCAGGAAUUUUCCAACCAGAAAACCUAGGAAUGUUGUGAAAAUUACUGUAAUUUUGCAAUACUAUGGUGGUAUGUAUGCAUGUAUGCUGUGGUCAGACAUUCAGCAUUUGGGCCUUAUUUGAAUGAGUGUCUUCCUUUGACCCAGAAGAGCCUGACCACAGGAGGUUGGUGGCACCUUAAUUGGGGAGGACUGGCUGGUGGUAAUGGCCGGAGCGGAAUGGUAUCAAAUACAUUAAAUAAAAUGUUUCCAUGUGUUUGAUGCCAUUCCAUCACUCCAUUCCAGAUAUUAUUAUGAGCCUUUCUCCCCUCAGCAGUCUCCACUGAGCCUGACUGAAGUAGCCUGGUUAAACCAGAAUGAAUGCAGCACUCACCAUUGUUUCACUUCAUGAGUGCCGUGUUAAAUAUGGGUUAACCAGGCUAUGAUAGAAGGGCCACGUUACAGGUGGUACUAACUACUCAUACUGGGAUUGCAGAUUGUACUGGGCCAUGUUCAUUAGGGCAAACCGUGGGAAAAUGUUUUGCAACAGAAAACAAAAAUAAGCUUGUCUUAUUGGACAAGGCCAGAUGGUACCUUCUGAUUUCACUCCUUUUUGGACACUUUUUGUCCAUUUCGUGCCUACUGAACAUAAACUAGGUAACAGUGCCUGUUGUGUUAUGGGCAUCUGCAUGUGAUGGCAGCCCUGUGGCGCCACCUAUGGGAUGACUGCAAUGUACUGUCUCAGAAACGCACAUUGCCUGUUUCCUCACAUAUUGUUUAUUUAAAUGUACAUUUCCUGCUGUAGUAACCAAACUGUCCUACUGAUGUAUUGUAUUGACAAAUCACAGGAGGUUGGUGGCACCUUAAUUGGGGAGGGGCUAGUGGUAAUGGAUGGAGUGGAAUGGGUUGGUAUCAAAUACAUGGUUUCCAUGCGUUUGCCAUUUCAUUUACUCCGUUCCAGCCAUUAUGAGCUGUCCUCCCCUUCGCAGCCUCCACUGAUACGAUUUGUACUGUAUGUAAAGAAUGAAAUGCAUAAAGAAUUGUACUAUUAUCAUUA